AUGUAUCUUCAAGCACCACCAACCUCAAAUCAUAUCCUUCGCCCUCCAAAAUUUGUUCUUGGUACUCAUUUUGUCAAUCCGUGUCCUCAAAUAUAUCAACUCAAGAGAAUUGACUCUAAUCCAAAAUUGAAAUCUGGGUUCUUUGAUUCAACCAAAAGGGUGUCUAUAUCACAGGUUGGUUUGGUGAAAUGUGGUGGCUUGGUGGGUGUAAGAUGUGAAGCGGGUCAUGAUGAUGGGUACUACAUAAGGAGAUGUGUUGAGCUUGCUAGGAAAGCAAUUGGUUUUACCAGUCCCAAUCCAAUGGUUGGUUGUGUUAUUGUGAAGGAUGGCAAGAUUGUUGGUGAAGGAUUUCAUCCCAAGGCUGGCCAGCCUCAUGCCGAGGUGUUUGCACUCAGAGCUGCUGGGAAUCUAGCCGAUGGCGCAACGGCUUAUGUGAGCUUGGAACCUUGUAAUCAUUUUGGGAGAACUCCACCAUGCAGUGAAGCCUUGAUUAAGGCCAGAGUGAAAAAGGUAGUGGUAGGGAUGGUGGACCCAAACCCCAUUGUGGCUUCGAGAGGUAUUGAGAAACUACGAAAUGCAGGGAUUGAGGUGAUUGUUGGUGUUGAGGAGGAAUUGUGUAAGAAGCUUAAUGAAGCCUGGAUCCACCAAAUGCUUACAGGGAAGCCCUUUGUUACGUUAAGGUACUCCAUGUCAGUCAAUGGCCAUGUUGUAAAUCAGUUGGGGACCACAGUCCUUCAGUCUGGUGGAUAUUACUCUAAGUUGCUUCAAGAGUAUGAUGCAGUUAUAUCAUCUUCGAGCUUGUUUUUAGAAGGAUUGCCUCUUCCCACUUCCAAAGAACCAGGGGCCAAUCAACCUGUUCAAAUUGUACUAGCAAAGGCCUCAGCUCGUCCUACUGAUGUUCCUACAUUUCCCAAUGAAUCUGCUUCCGAAUUUAUUAUCUUCACUGAAGAAGAGACCUCUUGGCAACAAGAGGCAGCCAAAAUAGGAGCAAAAAUGGUUGUUUCUGGAAGAAUGACUUUGCUGUCUAUCCUUGAAUGUUGCAAGCAGCAGGGACUUUGUAGUGUCUUGCUGGAUUUGAGGGGAAAUAUAAUUGAUUUUGAAGGAAUCUUGAGAGAAGCGGAUGAACUAAAUUUGUUCCAGAAAUAUGUGGUUGAAGUUUUACCUGUUUGGGAUGGGAGCACCGAAGACUUGCUAACGAGUAUUCCAGUAAACUUAAAGGUGGAGAAUUUGUCAUCAGCAGUCUCAGAUGAGACUAUUCUGCUAGAGGGAUAUUUUGUAAAUAAAGCAGAAAGCUCUUAA